GGCCAGUCACCGAGGUCUCACUUAACGGAUUCAAGCAAGUGGACGACGUUUCUCCCCCCAACACACCCAUGAAGGACAACACGCGAAACAGACAGUCAAUAAGCGACAUCGAGCAGGAACUAUAUGAUAUAUUUAAGAACAUCCACUCAGUCCGUUUCAACCAAUCCAGCGAACCGACCAUCUCGGCGGACGUGCUUCCAGACGUUAUACGCCAAUUCUCAGAGCUUUAUGGCGUCGAGUUACUUUCAGACGAGGAAAUGCAGAUGCUGCGCGCGUUGCUGGCGAGUAAUCCUGGCAUCGAGGUGACCCCGCAAGUUCUGCUCCAGUUCAUCGCCGAACGGACGCGCCAUAGUCCAAGGGAUUCACCUGGGAAGGAAGGGCACGCCCAUUCUCAGCCUCAGCAACAAUCACCCUCGAUCCAGUCAGACGAACACGACAGCUCUUCCGACGAGGACGGUCAAGAUCGGACGGUGCACGCCAAUAGAGGACGAGGACGAGACCCAUUCAUACACGGAUCACCGUCUUCGCGAUCGUCUAGCCAGAGUUCGAACGGGACGUCGCGUAUCCCAAGUCGACCACCGAGCGUCCCACCAAAGACGCCCAUCAAUGCACCACCGCCUUCCGCAUUUGAUACCUCACGAAGACAACGGACGACGCCACUCGCCGGGGCAGCCCCCUCGAGUUGGACACGUCGACCGCUACCCGCUGGAAGACGUAGGAGUCUGGAUGGUGCCCCCAGUGGCGCCUCGAGCGAUACAGAGGCGUCAAGCCCCACCUCACCAGGGUCAACUUCCGUCCGUGUACGUGCACCCUCCAAUCCAACGAGUCCCCGGUCAGAUCUCUCUUCCCCAUCCUACCCCUCCCAGCAUUUCCUCCCUCGUCCUCAUUCUCGCGCCCAAUCUCAGCCACUCAACGCCAUAGGUUUCCACUAUAUCUCACCUGACCGGGACCACGACCGCGGUCGUAACCCUCUGUCACCUAAUCCUCUCUCCCCGGACCUCUCCUUCGAAUCCUCGUUCGACUACCCUCGCCAAGGAAACGGGACAGACUCGUUCCUCGAUGGCGUGUCGUCGUUACCACUACCACGGCUCCCAUCCUCGGACGGCGGCUCAGACUCGGAAGAUGAAUCUUCGUUGGGACUCGUCCUCGACCGAAGCGCCACGUCAUCAACAGUCUCUCUCGAACCUCUCGAGCGGCUUGAUGCCCUCCAAAAAGCCAAUACCGAGCUCGGAAGGAAAUUGAUGGAGGCAGAACGGACGCUCCAAGUCAAGUUGAACGAGCACGAUACGGACCUGGAAGAGAUGCAGGCGAGGUUGGAAGAAUUGAAGAGUGAACUGACGGCCACGAAACGGGAAGAAAAGGAGUUGAGAGCGAAAGAACGGGUGAACUCGACACAGAUGGCUGCACUGGAAAGCGAGAUUGCCAAGUUGCAAAAGAGUCUCGAAAAUGCACGUUCUGCAUACCAAUCCCUCCAAAAACAAUACCAGGAACAGUGCGCCGAGUCCGAACGUUACCGCAAUACCCUCCGCCGUCGAGACCAGGAACUCAAAGAUCUCCAGGACCUUUCGUCUCUCCAAACGCUAGAAGCCCAGAAAUGGGCACGCGAGCAUGACACUUACGAAUCCCGAAUCGCAGCGCUCGAGGCUGAGUUAGAACUCGCCCAACAAGCACACGCGCAGUUGGAGGAACAGAAGCAGGAGAAUUUGAUGUUGAAGGAAACGAUUGACAGGAUGAGGUUCGAGAUGGAUGAGAUGAGGAGUUUGCACGGAGGUUCAGGCGCUGGUGCUGGCGGGGGGAGUCAGGGUGGAAGUCAGCAAGGCAGCGUGAGCAAGAGUCUUGGAGCGGAGUUGUUGGGGAAGAUUGGGACCCAGUGGGGGAUGGACGAGGAUGAUGAAAGCGGUGACGAGGGUGCAGAGGAAGGAGGGGAUACGGAGGGUGAAGAAGAGGAUGUUAUUGAGAGAAUUAUUACCCGGAAGAAGCGGAAAGUUGCGGUGCGGUCGAAUAAAGUCGAGACCGUCAUUGAGACGAAGGAGUAUACGGAUGCAUCAACACAGUACUUCACGGCCGAACACACGUCAUCGUGCGGUGUCGAAACUGACCCACCCAUUCCCAUCCUUACCUCAGUGUGCGCCAUCCAGACUGACGGUGCUCGUCUAUUAUCGUCAUCCAUUCAAACCGAAGCCGAGCCUGUGCCUAUUCCCAAGAUUACGACGAGCAUCGAGGUGCAGACAGACAUACCUGUAGAAGCAGUACAGCCCGUUGAACCGUCUUCCCCGGAACGUGUUCCCUCACCGUCGGAAGAUGAGGAAGAGGCGAUGACGUCGUCUUCUUCCACACUUCUCCCUCCCACCCCUAAAUCGUCGCUCUCGGCUAGUCCCCAUUUACAACCACACGACCUCCCUCCAUCUUACAACCAAGUUGCUUCCCAAUCCCCCUCGUCGGCCACGCCGACGGACCCACGUGAGCUUCUCAAAACAUGGCAUAAGGGGCUUGAACUGCCCAUCUCGCCCCUCCCAGGCGGUAUUUCCGAGGACGCUGUCGAAGAAUGGCGUGCGCUCAAGGAAGAUCUCGGUGUCGAGUGCUCGGUGAUUGACAAGAUCAUCGAAGCAUCCACGAAGACUGGUGGUGGUUUAAGGAGCCGCAAUCGGUUUUAUAACAUUUAUAAUACGUAUGUAUACGGUGCGAAUGGCAGCAAAGUUACUGGGCCUUCGCCACCUUCAUCAGGCGGUGACUCCUCACCACUCUCGUUCCUGGGCACCGCCAAACACUUCCUCCUCUACCUCUCUGCCUCUGCGCUCGUCUAUCUCAUCAUGGGCCCUUACGUUGCUCCACAAUACGGUCCUAUCGGAGGUGCGACGUACUACGACCGUGCAGCGUGGUCGAGUUUCAACUCCAUGCAGGCACCUGGUGAAGGGUUUGGGUAUGAUGGUACGCGGGGCGUGUGGAGUGUUGUGGAAAGAGUAGGGGUAGGCGCUGCUAGGAUUGCAGGAGGGUGGCCCACGUAGGCAAUAAUGCCGCUUACUGUCAAUGCUUUGACGCUAGGUUGGCUCCGCGACCAUGCACAUGUAUGAUUAUUUUCUUUUUCUUCUUUUUUUUUUUUUUUCCCCCG